UCACUAUGGUCAUUGUGAUGAUUUAGACGUCAACAAUAUUUUAGGUUAGGCGUCGCAUCAUUGCUUAAUUUGGUUUUCUUUCACGUAUUAUGUAGUGUUGGUGGCGCAAUAUGAGUUCCCCCAGUAGAGACAAUGAGGAACCGUCGUCAAGCACUCCGGCAAUGGAUACAGACCCUGCCGCGAGCGGAGACGCAGCGGUUGCCCGGCCGCCCGCCAAGCGCAGGAUCUCCAGCACAGUCAUUGAGAUUUCCGACACGGAUAGUGAUGAUUCGGAUGUGUGCGCUGUCAAUUCUUAUCAGGCUUCUGCUGAUGAAGUCAAGAGGAUUAGAGGAGAAGACUACUCUUCAUCAUCAUCAUCAUCAGAAUAUAGCUCUGACUCAGAAUCCUCUUGGGAGGAUGACUCCACAAUAGUAGUGGAUUACAAAAGUAAUGAGAAACCAGUGAAAGCACAGCUCAACCCUCGGGCCAACAGGAUGGACAACCCACUGUUCAACCCUAAGAUUAAGUCACAAGAACUACUAGAAAGAUUGCAAACACAUUGGAAAGAACUUAAAGACUUGGACACUCCUGAGGUGAAACUCACCUGUGAGCCAUUCAGAUUGUGUCUACUGCAUGACUUCCUGGCCAAUUCGGAGAUAAUUAACAACAUUGUAGAUGAUAUGAACACAUUGGACUGGUCACGGAAGAAGAUGGAUCUAUACGAGUUCCAUCAGACUGCUGACCUGGCUAGCCUUACCUGGCAGAGAAGUAUUAGAGGCAUAUAUGAGCUGCUGAAGACUGAGGUCAUGAGUUGGGUGGCGGCGGCCACGGGGCUGCGCCUGGAGUCGGUGUCGGCGUCGUGCUCGCUGUACGGGCCCGGGGACCAUCUGCUGGUGCACGACGACCUGCUGGCCGACCGCCGCGUCGCCUUCAUCCUCUACCUGGCGCCCUGGCCCGCGCGCCACCCCGCUGCACUCGACGACCGGCCUCUUGAGAACGGCUCCGGAGACCACGACGCGGGCCGGCGCGCGGAGUGGGGCGGCUGGAGCCCGGCGAUGGGCGGCGCGCUGCAGCUGCUGGCGCGCGACGCGCGGGGCCGUCCCGACCGCGUCGUGCGCUCCAUCACGCCCAGGAACAACACGCUCGCCUUCUUCAAGGUUGGCGCCGACUCCUUCCACCAGGUGGAGGAGGUGCUGUCGCUGGAGUUGCCGCGCCUGUCCAUCAACGGUUGGUUCCACGGGCCCGCGCCGGAGUCCGAGCCCGACGCGGAGCCCGACGCAGAGCCGCAGGAGCGCGACGACACCGACACUACUCUCGAGUUACACCGGCCGCACAACGACAUUGUGGUGCUAAACGCGUGGCUGGGGGCGCAGUACCUGUCCCCGCGCGCGCGCCUGCAGGUGCAGGCCCACAUGGAGCGCCACAGCGAGGUCAGCCUGCACGACCUGCUGCAGCCCGAGCCCCUCGCCGCCCUCAUGCAGGCCCUCGCCGACCCCGAGUUGCCGUGGGAGCUGGCGGGCCCCGCCGACCGCUGCCGCUACAUGCGCGUGCCGGGCUCGUGGGCCAGCGCCGAGCCCGGCGCGCCGGCCUGGGCGCCAGGAGCCGGCGGCGCGGGCGGCGCGCGCGUCGUGCGCGCCGCGCUGGGGCUGCUGGGCAGUGCGGCCUUCGUGCGCAUGCUGGCGGACUGCACGGACCUGGCGCUGAGCGGCUGGCGCGGCCUGGAGCUGCAGCGCUGGGCGGCCGGCGACUACGGCCUGCUGCCGCCGCGCGCGUCCUACGCCGCGCCGCGCCUCGAGGCGCGCCUCAUGCUGCUGGCGGGGCGCGCGCCGGCGGGCGCGGGCGGCGCGCGCGUGUACGUGGCGCCGGAGGACGCGGCGGACGAGGGCGACGCGGACGCGGACGCGGCGCUGGUGUCGGUGGGGCCGGCGCACAACGCGCUGUCGCUGGUGUACUGCGACGCGGGCGCCGCCGGCUUCACCAAGUACGUGCCGCGCCUGGCGCCCGCGCCCGACCCCUUCUACGUCUUCACCUGCACCUACGUCGAGUGACACCGCGCUCGCCCGCGCCCCCGCCUGCGCCCCCGCCUGCGCCCCGACGGACACUGGCGCUGAAUACACGUAUGCUCGCGGACUGUGCCCUACGACUUCGGUUUAAAUGUCUAUAUUCACGUUAUUCGAAUGUAUUAACCAAAACCAUGGCAAACAUCAAAAUUUGGUGACGUUUGCUACUAGAGUAUACUGACCAUAAUGUCCAACAUAGUUAUUCCCUCCCCUUACACAAGAUAUUCGUACGAACGUAAAUUACCCGACGAUAAUGGUGUCAUACAUUUUAAAGUUAACAAUAUACAUUUAACAAACUUUCUUAUUUGGAUCAAUAUUAAAGCAGCGAAUGACGGAAAUAUUGACAAGGCCGUGGUAACUGUAUUACUCACUAUUUAUUAACAUCGACUUAGUAUCGAAUGUAAAUAUUAUUAAAUAUCGUUUGUUAUCAGAUUGAAUCGACAAUUGCAUGUCAGGGAGCAGAGAAAUAUUGCGACACUAUUUAUUUUCGUACAAAAUUUUAUGAAAGUUUCAAUGGUUCGCCAUGCGCAGGUGACGCUAGGAGUAUAGAUAGUGCUAGUACUUAGGACUAAUGAUUAAAUAAUUAUAUUUUUGUAUGUAGCUACGAUGUGUGUGUGUAUGGAAUGUGUUCAUGUUUACUUGAUGUAACAUUACGAUUAUUAUUUGUAAUAUUGCUGUGACGAGGUUGAUGACAUUGUGUUACUUACUUUUUGUACAUAUUAAUAGGAAAUUAAACAUUAAGGAAUGAAA